AGUUGGUGACCAGACGCGGUGGCGAACGGUCGUGUCCACCAUGCACUUGCCGAGCGCGUUCUCAGUGAAAGUUCGAUAGAGAAAUGCGGCUUGCGAUCGCCUUUCUGUUUGUGGCGACGUGGCGGUUAUGCGAUGCAUACGACUACUCUUCGUCCUGCACGCGGCCUUACCGCGCGAACCGCGCGCGUCCCUUGCCCGCCGCGCCGUGCGACCUCUCCAAGCAGACCUACUGCACCACGCCGGGAAGCGCUUACCCCUGGCACGCUAUACGACGAUUUGUCCGGGAGAACCAGGGUCUCAUGAGAAGAAUGUACGGUGAAGAACGACAUAUAUCAGUGUUAAAGGCUGAACUGGAAAACUUUAUAGAAGAUGAUGACGACAGUGAUAGGAAAUCAGCUGACUUCGCUGAUGAUAUAAUCAAAGCUAAAUUAAUGUACACGAAGAAAACCCUCGGGCGAGCCAUGAAGGACAAACCCCACUUCAGACCAAUACAGACAGCUGACAAACACAAAAAGUUUGAAAACGAUACUCUAAAAGUUAAGCCAUUAGAAAACUACAUCAACCAUUUCAGAGUUAAUAACACAAAUAGCAAUAAGACUGAAAUAACAAACAAUGAAACUAUGAAUGACGACAAAGGCGUAUCAUAUAAAACAAAACUGGAAAGCAUAGCUAAUAUAGAAAUAAAUAAUUUAGAUCCAGACAUAAUAACUCUAGAAGCUGUUAUAAAACAAACGAUAGAAACUAACAAUAUAUAUCCAACAUUUUCUGGAAUUUCAAAAAGCGAACCUUUGAGAGACGACAGCGACUUUAAAAAUAAUACUGAUAGAAAUGUUACAACAACUACAGAAUAUUUAAUGAAUAGUACAGAAACAACUGAUAUGCAAUACGAUUACACAACGACAGAACCAAACAAAGAUGGAUGGAAGCCUAUGGAUACGGACACAUCUACUCUGCCCCCUACAUUAUUAUUCUCUGAACAUGACAAGUUAAAAAAUGAUAGAAUCGAUACCAAAGUAACAGAUAAAAAGGAGGAGUUUCAUCUUAAACCCACGCAACAAGAAUCGAUGCGGCCUUCUGUUAUUAAGCUGCGAGGAGCCAACGCCUGUGAAUCAAAAGAAGAGAUGGCGGCGCCUUUCUGGGCCAACAGCACACGAGGAGAAGUUCUGGCGCUGCUCAACAUGUACCCUUUUGAACAAUACAUACACUUAGAGACCUGUGUCCAUGAACGAAAGCAAAUGUACUGCAGGGAAGGCUGCAGAUGUGAACAACAAUACCGCCUUCACCGCCUCCUGGCAUACGACCCUCGUAACGAGUGCCGGGGCAUAUUCGCCGACUGGUUCAAGUUUCCCGCUUGCUGCGUAUGCAAGUGCUACGACGUGCCGCUCGAAUUUCGCGCCAGAUCGCCCAGGAUCCUGCAUCCUCAGUACGACGAGGAGGUCAAAAGGGUGAUAUACGAAGAUGUGGCGAGGGACUGGUACUCGAUGUCCGUUUACGAUGAAGAUGACGAUUUGUACUGAAGUUGGGCCCACAUCGCCUAUAAAUAUUUGUCAUCCAACUCACAUUUAAUCUUCACAUUGGAAAGUUUGUUAUAAAAACUUUCAUGGAAAUAUUUAUAAGGUGUAAAGAAUACAUAUUAUAGUCACAACAGCUUAGUAUCUAACAAUAAAAAAAAAUCAAAUUAAAUUGCCAUAUAACAAAAUUUUCUUAUUAGUCCUUAGCCAAAUAAAUUUUUCAAUAUUAUGAAUUUUCUACAACGUCCGUUAAUUGGGACGAUAGUAGUAGUUACAUGAAAAGGAUCAGACCAAUAAAUACCUAAUUUUCGAUAUUAUGUCAUACGCACAUUGUAUUGCGCGCUCUACACUCAAGUCCCCUCCACACUUAGGCCGGGAAUCGCGCGAGAAAGCGCAAAGAGGUGUUUAGGAUUCGUCAUUAUACAAACGGUGUCGCGUGUUGCUUACCGACCGUUUCUAUAACUAUUGCCUAUUCAUGGCUUAAGUGUGGUUUUGAUCCUUUUAGUGACUAUUUCCAACCAACAAUUAGUGUAACCGUGAUAGAAUAAGUUAUUAUUUAUUGCUAUAAUUUAUUGUUCUAGUAAUAUAAUAAAUGUAUAUAAUGCAUAGAAUAAUGUUGUUUUUAAUAUUGUUUGUAUAAAAUGAAAUUUAUUUUUAAGGCUAGUGAAAUUGUAAAAUAUAUUCUGUAGGCGUAUAACGAAUGUUAUAUCGAGUUUUUGAGAGAUUUUAUUAAAGUUUACUCGUUAUCAAUUCUUGUUUAUAUUUAUUUCAAGUUUGCCGUGUUCUACCUGCAUUUUUUACACGAAAUAUAAAGUUUUUUUUUAGACAAACGAACACACAGUCCACCUGAUGGUAAGUGAAUACUGUGAUGAUAGACAUCAACAUAUUCUACCACGUGUAAAGUGGAAAUUAAAGGGCGAUAUGGGUCUUAAGCAGUCUGCAGAACAUCCAGAACAACCAAGCUCUGAUGGGCGGUCUCCGUUUCCGUCUGUCACCUAUUACGACACCCAUGGAAAGAUAUGGAGUAGUGGGUAUUCUUACCCGCCACUACACGGGGAUUUUAUAAUGUAGUAGACAAUGUAAUUUAGCAGACAAAACAAUUAAGCAAGAUUAGCAACUAUAGUGCGCGCAAGAUAACUCUGCGCGCGACUGAUGGCGUACUUAAUGUUGCCAGCUUAACUAAUAUUUUUUCCUUCAUUUAUUCGUAUUACCAGAAUUAUAUAAUUAUAUCAAUUUACAUAAACGAUCGAAUUGAUUACCAAAGCUCAGCUAAAAAAUCUCUAAUGUUCAGCUGAAACUUACACUGACCUAAUACAUUUUAAACCCGAUAUUUAUUAUUUAAGAAACCUAUAAUAAUAAAUGAUUACUAAAUAUAUAAUAAAUAUAUUUCUUGACCCUAACUUUCAUAACUUUAACACUUCACUACACAAGAUUCUAUGGUAAGACCCACGUUAAUAUAAAUUAUUGCUUAAGAAUCAUUUGAAAACGUUUAAUUUAUGAGAACGAGUUUGAGAC